AUUGUAAGCGUAUGAUUUCCGACUCUCUACAAGUACACCGGUGUUUCCGAUGGCCUUUAAAGCGGAUGUAGCCUACUUGCCGGGUCAGACGCAUUUGAACUGCACUCCAGAGGAGAUUGAACUGCAGAGAAAAGCGACUCCGAUUCAGCUUCUGUUCAGCUACAGUACACUGGAAAUCGCUGUCUUGUCAUGGAGAUAAUACUAUUAAUCCUCAGUUUCAAUAUUGGAGCUAAAUGUUACACUCCUAGAGAAGAGGACACGGUUGUAUUCGGACACGUCGGAGGCACUAUCGAUCUCCACAGCCAUAUGACAGACCCUUUGAACCAGUAUGGGGUAACUUCUUGGUACCAUGAAACACAUGGAGGGAGAAUUCAGGUAAAAUUCUCCGAGUAUUAUACCAGGUCCGCUGUAGUCACUGCACAAUGGAGUAAUGUCUCUUACACCAUUAACAACCUAACAGUCAUGGAUUCUGGCCGAUACUUUGCCGCGGAACGAAAGGGAAACCUUUUUAUCACAGGGUCAAGCAUGUUCCUGAUUGUUACAGAUAACCGUCUCUCUCCUAUGAUGCGCGUGUUUGACGGUCCUGAUGGCUCCACCGGCCCCCGCGAGUUUCUUUGCGAGGUGCAGGGUGCUGGUUCGGGCUGGAGUGAUCCAUUUUGGGUGAUAGAACAAGAGGGGCGAAAAACUGAUGUCCGACAACAGACACAGAGCAGACUAAAUGAGGUUGGAGCAUUCCUGCGUUGGACAGGGAUUUCGCUGCCAGUCAUGGAGAACUCCAUGCGUAAAGUUCUUUGUGUGUGUCUCCAUGACACCGGAGACGUCGUUCAAGUUACUGUAAUGGAUGGCGAUGAGGGUGCGUCGGUGUCUUCAUGUGAUUUGCUGUUCGUCUUUGUUCCUCUCUGUGUCUUGAUCCCUCUGUUCACUGUGGUGUUCAUGAGGCCCUGGAUACAUCGGGCAUGCAGUCAAAGAGACACGCAGAGGUAAAGAACUUCGCCUGGAGCUGUUUUAUGGACUUGAAUGGACGUAGCAAAUACAUGGACGUUUUUUGACUUCGACUUCAACCAAAAUGGAUGUCUACUGCAUAUAUACACCAACACCAUUUGACUGCAUGUGUUUUUAAUAUAUAAACGCAGACACUGAAUAAAGGCCUGGCAGCUGUCUAAUGGGCAGAGUGCUCAAACGUCCUAUCUUCCACUGGCAAAAAACAGGCUAGUCAAUUUGACUUAAUCAAUAGGCCUAGUUACAUGUCAGGAUAGCUAAUAAAACUGCCUACAUUAGUAUGUAUACAUAAGCGCACCAGUGGUAAAUUGUUUUGUUAUUUUCUGUUAUUGAAUAGAAAAUGAACUGAUCUUCAUAAAGUUAGAAUGUUAAAGAUUGAAUAUAGCCUACUUUUAAACAUUUAAAGAUAAAUGUAUUAUUUUUUAUUUACAUUUAUUUGCACAAAUUGUGUGCACUCUUACAGAGAAAAGAAUAAAG